AUGAGGACUAAGCUUGAACUUAUGAGGGCCUUCUUGUCCGCGGAAAACCUUGGGAGUAAUGGGAAUGAUCUCAAGAUGGUGUUGCUGAAUAUGAGAAAACUAAUUUAUGAAGCUGAUGAUAUACUGACAGACUGCCAAAUUAGAGGUGAAUAUCGGAAUAUGAUGGAUCAUCAGCCUGCAACUGGAGAUUCUCAUCUCGCGUAUCCUUGGAGAUCAAAGGGGCUAAUCAAUGGAGGAUAUGAAGCAUACCAAAAUAAAAGAUAUUUCCCAGGGGCACAGGAUUAUGACCCAUCUGAGCCUAUUGGUUUGCAAAAUGAUAUAAAAAAGAUAAAAAAUUGGCUGUUCACUGAUCAACGACAUCGUCAGUUUGGCAUUGUAGGGAUGGGAGGUUUAGGCAAAACUACAAUUGCCCAGGAAAUAUUCAAUGACAGAGAUGUAAUCAAGUAUUUUGAUGAGACGAUUUGGGUUCCAGUUUCUAACAAUUUCUCUACAGAAAGGAUUAUGAGGGUCAUGCUGAAACAAUUAGGAGAGGAAGGCUCUAGAUUUGAUGAAGGUUGUCUAUUGCGCAAAAUUCGCGAAAAACUUGGUACAAAAAAAAGCCUAAUUGUUAUGGAUGACGUUUGGAGGAUGGAAACAAAGUUUUGGAGUAGUUUAUGUAAUAAACAUAGUAUCUAUAUCAUUAUAUCCAGAAAUGAAGCUGUUAUAAAGCUCAUGGGAGUUGACAACUCAAGAAUUCAUCGACCCAGACUCUUAGAUGAAGAAGAGAGUUGGUCGUUAUUCUGCAAGUUUGCAUUUGACAGAAGCAAUGGAAAAUGCCCAAAUAACCACUUGGAAAAAGAAGGCAGAGAAAUUUUGCAUAAAUGUAAGGGACUCCCGCUAGCAAUCAAGACAAUAGGAGCCUUACUUGCGCCAAAACUUGACUCCCUUACUGAAUGGAACAAGAUUCAUCAAGAUUUUCUCAAAUUAGCUGAAGAAGAAAACAACUCGAUCAUGCCUUCUCUGCAGCUAAGCUAUGAUGAACUUCCUACUCAUCUAAAGCAAUGUCUAUUGUGUUUCUCCAUUUAUCCUGAAGACAUUGAGAUUGACACGACCCGCCUCGACCCUCCCUACCCCAUAAGCUCCGGGCGCACCUAUGAGACUCGGGCGGCCGACACGUGCCGUGUGGGAAUCUAA